CAAACACUAAUCAGCAGGACACACACAGACACUAACAGAACGACUUUACCAGCUGUAACAGUCAUGAGUUCAGCUCUGUAUCUGGUCCUGCUUUUCUCAGCUCUGUGGAAGCUCUCCUUCUGCAGGAUUCGUCAGUUUCAUGUGGUGAAUGAAAGUAAGAACUGGACCAAAGCUCAGAACUACUGCAGAGAGAAAUACACUGACCUGGCCACCAUUGAGAGCAAGGAGGAGAUGGAAGCUGUAAAAGCUGUUCUCAAAGGGACAGGAGGCAAUUUCUGGAUUGGACUGAAGCAGAAAGAUAAAAGUGACAAAAUUAACUGGAUCUGGUCAGAUGGGAGUAAGUCCUCUUACAGAUACUGGAACAAGGGAGAGCCGAACUUUGGUAGGGGUCAAAUGUGUGUGGAGUUACGGCAGAACUCUGAAUACAGAUGGAAUGAUGCAGGCUGCCAGAGGUCAAAUCCAUUUAUCUGCUAUACAAUGACUUCACUCAUCCUGAUUAAUCAGCCCAAGACAUGGAGAGAAGCUCUGAGCUACUGCAGAGAGAAUCAUGUGGAUCUGGUCUCUGUUCACACUGAGGAAAUCCAGCACUGGGUGGAAUCAGCUGUUUAUUAUGCCUCCACUGCUAAUGUGUGGAUGGGUCUGCGACACACCUGUGUCCUAAGUAUCUGGUUCUGGGUGAGUGGAGAGUCAAUGUGCUAUGAGAACUGGGCUCCGGGGAACGGGACAGGGGUGGAAGACUGCAGUGGAGGAGAAAGAUCAGGAGCGGUGCAUUCUGGGAGCAAGAAGUGGGUCAGUCUGCCAGAGGAUCAGAGACUCAACUUCAUCUGCACUGUUAAGGACACCCUAUUCAGCCAGCAGCUGCAUUCCAGCAGUGAUAGUCCAAGGAUUGCUCCUCCUAAUCCAAAGACAUCUGGCAACCCCAGUGAUGACAAGUACUUUGUACAUCAUGAGUUCAGCUCUGUAUCUGGUCCUGCUUUUCUCAGCUGGAUCUGGUCAGAUGGGAAUAACUCUUCAUACAGAUACUGGAAACCUGGAGAACCAAACAACGAUGUGGGUGAUAACUGUGUGCAGUUAUUGGAACGCCCUGAAUACAGGUGGAAUGAUGAAUGCUGCCAAUGGGCAAAUCCAUUUAUCUGCUAUAAAGAGCUUCCACUCAUCCUGAUUAAUCAGAACAAGACGUGGAGAGAAGCUCUGAGAUACUGCAGAGAGAAUCAUGUGGAUCUGGUUUCUGUUCACACUGAGGAAAUCCAGCACUGGGUGGAAACAGCUGUUUAUUAUGCCUCCACUGCCAAUGUGUGGAUGGGUCUGCAUCACACCUGCACCCUCAAUAUCUGGUUCUGGGUGAAAGGAGAGUUCAUCUGCUACCAGAACUGGGCUCCGGGGAACGGGACAGGGGUGGAAGACUGCAGUGGAGGAGAAAGAACAGGAGCGGUGCAGUCUGGGAGUAAGCAGUGGGUCAGUCUGCCAGAGGAUCAGAGACUCAACUUCAUCUGCACUGUUUAGGGUGAGACAGAGGACUGAAUGUCUGUCAACAGCUAAAUAUUGAUGGUGAAACAAAUACUGAUUGACCUUUUUGGCUUCUUUUUAGAGUUAUUAUAGCACGGCCUGCACUUCCCUGGGUACAGAAAGGACACUUGAGGCAGGGUUAAGGGUUGCAGCAGCCAUGUCUAUUUAUUUUCACUCCCAACAAACAACACAGAACCAAAACUCGACAUCUUUUUGUGGCUACUAGACAUUUCUGUCCUUUUCUCAAACUUGAGCUUUUCAGCUCUUCAGUCGGCUGUUGCAGCUGCUCGCCCCUUUCCCUCUCUGUUUCCCCUCUGCUCUUUUUUUUAGGUGCUCUCAGUGUCAGCUCCUGAACCAAGAGGCAAAAAGAACCUCACCUGCCCCAUCGCCACCCCUGCUUCACGGCUCAGCUGCUGUGAUCGAACAUAAGGCAUAGUGAAGUGGCCUUGCCGCGGGACCUGAAGUGGUGCCCAGUAGGCAGGGCUCGGGACUUGUGCACCAUCCCCAUUCCCUCACGGAUCUCAUCAUUCUUUUCCCCAGCUGUAAUCGUGGGGUUUCUUCUGCCUACAGGGUUUGGACCCCACCUUCCUGCUGCCUCUCUUGCAGCUGUCAUCAGGGGACAGGCUAAUGGGACAGUUAUAUAACAGGGGUCACGCUAUUCAACCGGAUCCUCAUAGUUCUGGAACUUACUGAUAUUUGAUUGCUAUUUCCUCAUCGAACAUAUAUCAUAUAUAACUGAGCGUGCUACUAUUGCUUGUCCCUGAAUAGAGAAAUAACCCAUCAUACAACAGAAACAAAUGACAUCUAAAGACAAUGUGUACGUUUUUAUAAGGUUAUUGCUGAUAAUUAUUCUUGUUACAUCAGACACAAAAUCCAUGAUGCUACACGAAUAAAUAUGAAAUAGGAGGUGGUAAAAAUAUCACAUUUUUUAAUAGGAGAUAUUUUAAUAGGAGGUGAUCUCACAUGGUUUCACUCUCCCAUGCAAAAAACUAGUCACAAAUACCCACAAAACAGCUUCCAAAGUACAAAUUAGAGCCUUCAAUUCAUCCAGUUUACUGCUUUAGAUCAACUGAAAGCUCCAAUCCCACAAACAGAUCCAGAUAUUGUUGAAUUAGCAAAAACGUGGCUAAGAAAUUCCAUAAAUGAUGAUAAUGUAGUUGGCAAUGAAUAUUAAUGAAUAUAAAUAUAUAGAAUAGAAGAAAUAGGGGUGGCAGAGAUGCUUUCUACGUAAGAGAUAAUACCCAAGUUAAAAUUCUAAAAGCAAUCUCUAAAGAAAAAUGCUUUGAAUUCCUUGAAGGUUUGAAUAACUAAUUUGCUACUGACUGUUCUGUCAGUAAUUAAAGGUGUCCCACAAGGCUCAAUACGUGGUCCAGUCUUAUUCAGUAUGUACAUCAAUGAUAUUCCCACCUCCAUCUCAGACUGCAAAGUACACCUAUAUGCAGACGAGAAUAUUUUAUACUGCUGUGCUGAUUCUUUAGAGGCAGCGGUGGAAAAAACAAAUGUGCUCUUUUAAUGCCUUAUAGCCUUAGUUGUCUAUACGCAUAAACUAGUGUACAAUACUGAGACCAAAUUCAUGCUGUUUUCCAGACCUUCUAAGUUUGAUUUUAACUCACUAAAUCUUAAACCCUGAAGGGUAAUAAAUAUAGCGUCCCUACUUCGUGGAUUUUCGGUUAUUGCGGGUGGUCCUGGAAUGUAACACCCGCGAUAAACGAGGGAACACUGUACAUGGUUUUUGUAUGAUGCUUGGCUACACUGUAAUUUAGAGUCACCCUCGGUGUACUCAGAGUUUAAAUAAAGGUUGAAUGAAUGUA